AUGGACGAGGCAAACAUAGAGACCUACCCUCUCAAGGACUUCCCGCACCUUGGCUCCACCGGUGAGUCCAGUGCCGACUUAACAAACAACGAUCCCUCAACACCCGGAGCGAAGGCCAGCCUCACACUGGCUCAAUUUUGGAUUGUCAUGGUGGGUUUGAUCGUCUCGAUGCUGCUAUCGGCGCUUGAUGUCAACAUCGUCGCCACUGCGGCACCGGCCAUAAGCUCAGAAUUUCGCAGCUAUAAUAAGUCCUCCUGGCUUGCAACGGGUUUCUUCAUCGCCUUUGCGAACUCUCUACCGUUGUAUGCUAAGCUGAGCGAUAACUUUGGGCGGAGAGAAGCCUUCAUCUUCGCAAAUGCGGUAUUCAUUCUCGGCAGUGGCCUUUGCGCUAGUUCCAAGUCCAUGGAUAUGUUAAUCUGGUCGCGGGUCAUACAAGGCAUAGGUUCCGGUGGCAUUUAUGGCCUGGUUAAUGUGAUCCCUGGUCUGGUGCCUCUGCGCGAUGCUGGAAAGUAUAUCUCGGCGAUAUUGGCCACCUGGGCGGUGGCAGAUGUUGCUGGACCGCUCCUCGGCGGGUCCUUCGCAGAGUAUGUGACUUGGAGAUGGUGCUUCUGGAUCAAUUUAUGCAUUGGGCCGAUAUGUCUCUUGAUAUCCGUUCUGGUUCUUAAGCUCCCACCUCCUCAGAUGACAUGGAAUGAGAAGUUCAAGAGCAUGGACUUCCUGGGAUCUGUUCUGCUGAUAGGCACAAUAGUGGGAGGGCUUGCUGGCUUCGCUGUGUUCACCGUCGUAGAGCAUCACUCCAAGGUCGCCUUGUUUCCAUUGCCGCUCCUACGCAACCGCACCGCUGUCGUGCUGUGCAUUGGACAAUUCUUCUACGGUGCAAAUUUGCUCGGACUCAUAUACAACCUCCCACAGUUUUUCCAGCUGGUCUCCGACAACUCGCCUACGCUCUCCGGAGUCCGGCUUCUCCCUCUCAUGCUGGGCAUUGCUACUGGCGGGCCCAUCGCAGGCUGGAUCACCAGCCGCUUUGGCAAAUCACGCAUCAACGCCAUAGUCGGCUCUGGUGCUCUGAUCCUCGGGACAGGCCUAUUGACGCUGUGGGAUGCACAAACGCCCCGCGCCGUGGCUGCCGUUGAGAUGUUCACCAUUGGCGCGGCGCAAGCUGCCCUAAUGUCAGGGUUGCUGCUCACGGCACAGGUGGCCGUGCCGCAAGAUCAUCUUGCUGCUGUUACCGGACUGAGCAUUUUCAUGCAGAGCACUGGUGACACUUUUGGCAUCACUGCGUUUGCGGCAAUCUUCGUCAAUCAUCUGGAGCGUGGUCUGACCAACUCUGGUCUUGGACUGUCGCCAAGCGAAAUUGAAGAUAUACUCAGGCAGCCGGAGAGCCAGAGAGCGUUGCUGUCGGAACAGGCUCUACCAAUAUUUCUGGAAACGUGCUCGGAUGCUAUGAGGGGCGGAUGGUGGUUUCUGUUUGGCUGCGCCGUGGUCGUGGGCGUAUGUACACUAAUGCACGGCAGUCUCAAUUUCGUUGAUGAUUACUCUCGGAAAGGGACGUUACUUGGAUGUUGCUAAAUAAGGCCUCGUCAAUGGACUUGUUUGCGUCUUCUGGAG